AUGAGAUUUAAAACGUUUUUCCUCGUACUUCUACUCGUAAUUUCUGCAAUUGAUAGUAUCAAUGCAAAAUGGAGAUCUUCUGGCAGAUCGUCAAAGCCCUCCAGCCAUAGUUAUGGAAGGAGUUCUAGUUCUCAUAGAACAUCAUACGGUGGAAGUUCAUCUCAUGGGAGUAGCUCUGGAUCACAUACCACUGCUUAUGGAUCUUAUGGGUCUUCAACCAAUUCCAAACCAGUGUCACAUGGACCAACAUCAAUAAGUCGAACGCCUACUGGAUUUGGAACCUCAACAGGAGGAAGUUCUAUUUCUCGUCCGUCGUCUGGUCAAGUACCACAUCAGCAAAAUAAAGACACUAAUACAAAUUUCCUGAAUGCUGAGGGUGGUGGAGCUAAACGGCCGGUUGGAACAUCAUAUCCGGCGUCUGUGUAUUCAACCAUUGGUCAAAAUGGCGGUGUAAAACCAGGAGUCACGACUGAAAGGAAACAAACCUCAUCCCCUUAUCAACCAUCUGCACCAAAAGAACAAGUUGUACAUCCUGUAGGCGUACACCAGAAUCAAGGAAGCAAUACACCGUAUACACCAGGUCAAACAAAUCCUUCAUGGAGUAAUCCCUAUUUGGGUACUAAUCGACCAAGUACGCCGAGACCGACACAUUAUCCAUGGAGCCAUCAGCAUGGAAGUGACAGUCGUAUAACUGUACCAACUCAAACAAACCCUCCAUGGAGUAAUCCUUAUACAGGUUUAAAUCGUCCGGCUGCGCCGGGGUCUCAACCUACUCCAAUUGGGUUCAAAGAUCAUGUAUAUCCACAAACUCAUCCAACACAAAUGGGCUCUCAUUACAGUCCACCACCCUUCGGUGGACAAUCUGCUUAUCCCCAUUCUGGACCACCGAGUAGUCCUUGGUCGGUUCCUUCUUACCAUACUCCUACUUAUCAGCCGAGUUCAAUGCCAAUGGGAAAUCCUUACACGGUACAUCCUUCCGGCGGUGUUCACAGUGCGGCUGGACCAGCUUACUAUCCCCAACAACCACACGUUUUUGCACAACCUGCAGCACAGCCGUUUAUACCCGGUCAAACCGUCAUAAUGGUACCAGGUCAGCAAGACUCUGGUAGAGGUAUAGGUCAAAUGGUUAAAGAAGCACUUGUGUUUUCAACAAUUAACGCAGGAGUGAAUAGAUUGAUAAAUCCUCAUACCCAUCAUUAUGUUGAAAGUAAACCAGACACCAAUCCAUCAACUACAACUCAUAUUACUUACAAUAAUCAAUACUUUAAUACUCUGCCUGGAGUGAACGGUACUACAAAUCCUACGAAUGCUGGAGAAUUUACUCCAUCUACAGGCAUAAACUCUGUUCCUUCAUCAGGAACUAGGAAUACAUAUCCUACAAGUGUUCCUAACAAUGGAGUAUCCAGUAAUAUGUAUAACACGAACGUUCCUAAUAAUGGAGUAUCUAGUUCAGUAAGUGGAUCUACAAAUGGAAAUGAUGGAACUAUGUUUGGUGGAUCUACUACAAUCGGAAAUGCAGCUGUACCCACUGCACAAUCUAGUCUAUCAGGAACAAGCAGUAACGAAAAUUCAACCACCAAUUCCAGCAAUGUGGACAAUACAUUUUUCUACAGGAUUUCUGAUAAUGAACUUUUACAGAUAACGGAAGAUUUGUUUAAAAAGUCACUUAAUAUAUCUAAAUACAUAAAAUUAAAUUUACAGAACCGUGCUACGUCUCCCAACAUAACUGACGAAGCUGCACAGCCAUUAUUCGAGGUAGAACCGACGUUGUUGGAUUAUCCCUCAAUCUAUGUGACACAGGCAUUAUAUGACAGUUAUGAGCACGAUUCCCAGAAAAAAUUCAAUCGUACUCAAGAGAUACGCGAACACGAGAAUCUUUUAAUGGACACUUUCUUGAAUACAAACGUUAUGGCUUCGGCCAUGCAAUGGUUAGCGGAUCGUGAAUUCAUUGAUCCCGACGACUUCGAAAGGAAAGAUGUUCUUCGUCGUAUUUGGUUCACAAUGUUUAGUGGAAGUACUUGCGGAUUCGAGCGCAUAUUCGAAUCUGAAAACUAUGGUACAGCCAUUAUUGGCGCCCAAGACUGGUUGUACUUUGAAAAACAGGAAGCUAAGAAGCGUAUAAAUUAUAUGGGCUAUGUAGAUAAAUUGAAUCUUGGAACUACUGCCUCCUUGUUGAAAUUGAACUUCGAAAUGGACGGUCUCGUUAGACCAAACGCGACAAUAUUCGUGGGCACAAUGCCUGAAUUAGAAAUGUCUUUGUACACGAUAUGCUUUUAUGCAAGACCAAACAGUCUAUGCCCAGUUUCGCUUGGUGGUACUAAAUUUAACAUUUACACGCAUUCCUUUACGUAUUAUGGAAACGAAGUUAUAGAUCUGGGCCUUCCAGUGUUCUAAUAUAUGUAGAAUAACCCAAGUAUCCGUAAAAACAUUUAAUGUAAUGUACAGCAUAAUUGUACAUGAUAUAACUAUUAUUAACAAUAUUAAAGAUUCACUGAGAAUUAUAUAAUACUAA